AAACCCCCUUGAAGAGAAGGUCUCUAGUCAUUUAGGUACAAGUCAGCACGAUGGACAGACUGGGCUUCUCUUUGGUGGACUAUGCAGUAUUUGCUGCUUUAUUUGGGGUGUCUGUGGCUAUCGGGCUAUUCCAGUCUUUGAGAAAAAAAACGGGUCCCUCCAGCGUGGAUAACUUCUUCACUGGGGGCAGGGGUUUCUCUGGUGUGCCUGUCGGACUGUCGCUCUGUGCCAGCUUUAUGUCAGCUGUCCAAGUGCUCGGUGUCCCAUCAGAGGCCUAUUUAUAUGGUUUUAAGUUCCUCUAUAUGUGCCUUGGACAGUCGCUUAACUCCCUCAUUACCGCAGUGUUGUUCGUACCCGUGUUCUAUCGUCUUAAAAUUACCAGCUCAAGUCAGUAUUUAGGGUUGAGGUUUGGCAGAGGGAUGCAACUUCUGGGGAGUUUGCAGUUUAUUGUAGCCACGCUCCUCUAUACUGGCAUAGUGAUCUACGCUCCUGCAGUCAUCAUGAAUCAAGUUACCGGUUUAAAUAUGUGGGCAUCUCUUUUCUCAUCCGGACUCAUCUGCACGUUUUACACAACUGUGGGUGGUAUAAAGGCCGUCAUUUGGACUGAUGUGUUUCAAAUUGUAGUCAUGCUGUUUGGGUUUAUUGCAGUCUACGUUCAAGGCACAGUGUUGGCUGGAGGGCCGGCGAGAGUUCUAGAGAUUGCCUACAAUGGAUCACGCAUCAAUUUCAAUGACUUUGGCAUAGACCCACAGAAGCGCUAUUCGUUCUGGAGUUUCACUGUGGGCGGGACUAUGGUGUGGUUAUCCAUGUACGGAGCCAAUCAGGCUCAAGUACAGCGGUACAUAUCAUGCAGGACGGAAAGACAAGCACAACUGGCGCUGCUGGUUAACCAGGUAGGUCUGUGUCUUAUUGUGAGCAGUGCAGCCACCUGUGGCAUCGUGAUGUUUGCUUUGUACUCGAGCUGCGAUCCACUAAAAGCUGGAAAAAUAUCUGCACCUGACCAGUACAUGCCAUACAUGGUCUUGGACAUUUUCCGGAAUCAUCCGGGCUUCCCGGGUCUUUUUCUAGCCUGUGCAUACAGUGGAACUUUAAGUACCGUCUCCACCAGCAUUAACGCUAUGGCUGCUGUUACCAUGGAGGAUGUAAUGAAGCCAUGGCUAAUCACCGCCUCCCAGAGAAAACAGCUCUUGCUUUCCAAGUCAUUAUCUUUGUUUUAUGGACUUGGGUGCAUUACGAUGGCUGCUCUCUCUUCUCUGCUGGACUGGGGAGUGCUUCAGGGGUCAUUUACAGUCAUGGGUGUAGUGAACGGCCCACUCCUAGGAGCAUUUGUGUUGGGCAUGCUUGUACCAGCAACAAAUAAACCAGGGGUGUUUUCGGGUGUGGCUGUGGGUUUCUGCCUAUCUCUAUGGCUUGCUAUUGGAAGUACAAUUUAUCCUCCAACACCACAAGUGAUGGGCAUUUUACCCACCAGUGAUAGUCAUUGUUUGGCAAUUAAUUCAACACUGAAUGGCACUUUAGCACUGGUUCCGUCACCAUCAAUUCAUGAGGAUUAUGGUCAAUUCGGCCUUCAAAGUAUCUAUUCAAUUUCCUACCUCUAUUUUGGAGCCCUGUCAACAAGUACAGUUGUGCUGCUGUCCACAGAUCAUGGUGUACCUUUAAAUGAAUAUUCGUUGGAUUACUGCAGGACCCACCAAGAAAGAUUCUAUUGGUCCUGGUUUAUUGUGGUGGAAUUUGGAAGAAGAGAAAUGUGAUGCAUCCUGUCAAAAUUUGGAUGAAGCUACUGCACACAAUCCCACUGACAUCCUUCUCAUUUCAAAAGAACUUUUGGCUACUGGUGAUGUUUUACUCAACAAAGGUGAAAAGUAGUUCAGGACAUGCUUUUAUUUUUGGUCCCAAAUUAAAUAGCCAAGAAUAAAGGCCAAUUCCUUUUGCAGAAGAACAAUAGCAUUAGUUGAGAGUUUGAUCACUGUGUACAAUGAAUGGUUGAUGUGCACCCCGCUGAAAAAAUCCCCAAAUAGAACCCUGCCCAAAACACAAAAGAUUAAUUGGUUAUAUUGGGAAUUGUAUUGGAAACUGGUUGUCGACUGAUAGGUGAAGGAUUCUUUUGGUGAGAUGCAUGAGUACCAAUAGAACAUAAAUAAAUCCCAUUGGAAUAAUGUCCAAAACACACUACAAAAAUGAAUUUUGUAAUGGUUUGAACGGAGAAAGCUAAAGGUUCAUUAUGGUAUCUUAAUUGAAACAAAUGGAAUUUCUGUGAUGUUUUCUAUUGGGUUUCAAUUGCUGUCUUCUGCAGGAACGACUUGUGAGACUUAGAAUAACACUCUUUUUAUUUUACAUCAAAUACAUUCUCUUCCAUCACUUAUAUCAAGUAUGUCAAAGGUAAUCUUAUUUCUCUUCCAUUUUGGCUGGCAGUGCUGAAUACCUGACCCUCAGCACCUGAUCUGAAAUAUGUUCCAUUGACCUGUAAAUCAAUAGUUCUUUCAUUUGUUUUAUGCAAUCACGCACAAGAACGGUUCUGUUCACCCUGCACCUGCAGAACACCUGUAUGUCGGCUUAGUCUCAUUCUCAGCCCAGAGCAAAGACAUUCAACGGAUGUCAAAAGGGUUGUUCUUUAAGAAACUGACAUAUGAAUGCUGUUUAACUUCUCCAACAACUUUGUAAUAAUAUAUAUAUUCAUUCAUUUCAAUUAUUUGGUUUUUAAAAGAAUAUGUUGUUACCUGAAAUAUUUUUUCAUGCAACAGGACUAUAUUAUUAAGAGAGUUAGAAAACUGUGGGUCGAAUGGUUGCGGGUUGUCUCAUUUAGUUGAUUAUAUACUAUACUAUCAAUAUGCUUUGAUCUGUGUUCGUCAAAGUUACC